AUGUCAAGUGUAGAUUUCUCAGAAUUAAAAUAUCCAGAUUACUGGACUCGGGAUUUUAACACUUGGGGAAUAAACGACUGGGAUACUUAUUGGAUCGAAAAGCAACCGCAAUCAUUAUCUAUUACUAAACAUAAUUCUCAUACAGCCUUAGCCGACGAGUUGAGAUGUUUGAAAAAAAUAUAUACAAGUACUCAUCCUGCUUAUAAUAAAAUCCAAAAAUUGCUGAAAUAUUUGCGGAAGAAGGGAAGACAAUCUGGUCUCCGGAUAGCGAGGCGAGGAUUUCAAGUAUACGCUGACACGGAGUUUGAUUCUGUGGAACAGGAACGAAAGAGAAUAAGAGCAAAUGAAAAUUACGAAGUAGCAGUUAAAAAAGCCUUUCCCAUCAUCACUUCUCUUUCUAAUACUCGAGAUCACACCCAAAAUGAACAGAGCAGGCAACAAACAUUGGGAAAUCAAGGAGAACCUUCAAGCGGAAUGGUACUCAGAAAAAAAGAGAAGGUUAAAUAUGCUGAAUCCUCAAACUCAUCAGAUUCUGAUGGCUAUGUAGAAUAUAAAAAUGCAAGAUCAAAACGAUAUGCCCGUGUUAAAUCUGUUUCUCGCGAAAUCACGCCGGUCCCAACAACUUAUUCAAUCAAACACACUUUAUUAGCGACACCUAAUAAACCCAUAAUUACGAAAUCAACGUAUCAUCAAUAUUCUGCACAUAUAAUUUGUGCUUUUAAUACAACAAUUCACCUUGUCAAGGAAACUCUUGAAGAACAAGCCUACGAAAAGUUAAAAAUAUGCUCCAAAUGGGAUUCGAUAGUCGAAAAUCUUGAAAAAAUAUUUCAAACAGAAUAUUCUGAAAUUGAAUCUAAAAUAAUUUCAGAGACAAAGAUUGGGGAUAACCAAGCAACGGAAGAGGAUCGGUUCAUAUUCUUUAUAAGAUAUGCAUUACUGGACUUUGUCUCAAUGUUUAAAUAUUUAACGCCAAAAGUUUUGGAUCGUAAUAUGCUUGAACGAUCUUAUAUCGUUGAAUGUUUGUCACCGAUUCUCCGCGCGUUUCGCAAUGCAUUUCCUGACAUAAAAUACAUGUGGAUAGAAAAGGAUGUGAGAUCAAUCAAAGAUGCAAAUGACAUGUUUAUGAGCAAUAUUGGAGAACGAAAGACAGAUUUACUCAUUCUCAGGUUAUCAGACGCAAGAGAACUGUUGAACGUCGAAGUAUCUGGGCCUCCGUAUAGAUCUACAAAAAAGCAUUCGGUUGGUGAUGUAAAAAAACUAUUGAUGAUGGCUAUUUGCAAUUUAUGUCGGCUUCUUGGCAAUAACCUAGAUUGUAAUAUUGAAGACGCAAAAAAUGUAAAGACCUAUAGUAUCCAGGUCAUAGGAGAUCGUCUCACCCUGUUUACUGUUUCUCUUGCAGACAAAAAAAAAUAUUUGGCCGUUGAAUUGGCCUCAUGCAUUAUUCCAUUUACGUUUGACGCCAUCUCAUGUUAUAAGAAAAUUUUUAAUUUUUUUGCAGUGAUCCGAAAUGAAUUUGUGGAACAGGAAAAAUUGCAGAAAAAAAUUCGUUCUUUUAUUCCAGCUGACAAUUGUACUGAAAAUUUAAGAGAGUGGUUACAUCUCCCGGAUGACGACAUUUCACUUGUAACAGAAGAAGACAUAGAUGAAAUCUUUAUGAUUUGA